AUGCCAGCCGCACAGUACGAUUACUUCGCGCACUACGAGGAUCUCUGGGAUGCGCGGAGUAUGACCUCCACGCCGUCGACGGUGGAGAUUCCGCUCGCGGAGCUGGACCUUCCCAGCGACGGCGAUGAAGGUGAGGAGGUCUCGCCUUUCGACAAUGUGUACGAGGUGCCGGAGCCGGUUCUCGUGCUGCAGGAUGUUCCUCACGAGGAGCGCGAUGAGAUUGCUGCGGAGCGCCGCGAGCGGUUCGUGGAGGCGGGCUGCGCGUCGUAUACGCUCGUACGACUAUCGUCACGCCGGUCUGAGACGCGCUGCGACUCCGCUGCGAAUACCCUCGUCGACGACGACGACGCCAGCCCCGACACAAGCGAAACCCCCUUCGCGGAUACCGCCUUCCUCUCCACCACCACCAUCUCCGAGAAAGACGAAGACGAAGACGAUGUCUCCCUCACAGACACCGCCCGUCUAGGCCAUCUGCACCUCACCACGAAGGAUUCCUACGUGGGUUUGCGGAGGCAUUUCACGCCGCAGCAGGAGAGGAAGGUUGGGAGGGUGGUUAAGACGGUUUUGGGGAGCAUGGUGAAGGGGUUGGGGCGGGUUAAGAGUAUUUGA